AUGCAUUUACCACAAAGAAUACAACCACUCCGAAGAACACUGACAAGAGUCUCUACAUUGGCUCCAAACUUCUCGAUACCGGAAUCCUAUAAAAAAUCAGCGGGUCAUCGAAUACGUGAUGUCAUUGCAAAAAUAGGGACAUGGAUUGAACCUAUCAAGAAAUAUUUAUUUCCAAACUUUAUUGCUGUUCAUUAUAUUUAUAUCAUAACGAUGACUAUCAUCACGUCCAUCCUUUUAUAUCCCGUCAAGAAUGCAAAAUAUAUUGAUAUUUUGUUUCUUGCUACUGGUGCUUCCACACAAGGUGGUCUUAAUACGAUCGAUGUUAAUUCUUUGACAUUAUACCAACAGAUUAUUGUUUAUAUUACAUGUUGUUUAACGACACCAAUAGCUAUACAUGGAUUUCUAGCGUUUGUUCGUUUGUAUUGGUUUGAGAGAUAUUUCGAUGGUAUCAGUGAUUUUUCAAAGAAGGAUUUUAAAAUGAGAAGAACCAAGACCAUUUUACAGAGGGAAUUAACAAGGAGAACCAUGACGACACCGAGGCAACCAUCCAUGAGGUUUGAUACCGUAGGUCGUCAUAGACCUGAAAGUAACCAAAAUAUGAAUGAAAGUUAUGAAAUGCAUACCAGACCUACAGUUACAUUUAAAAACGAUACUCGAAAUUUAAACAGUAAAGUCGAUAAUAACAGUGAUUAUAAUAACGAUACAAAUAUCGAUAUGAAGCAUGGUAAUUCAAGUAACUUAUCUUCUCAAGUAGAAACCUCAAAGAAGAAUGCAGGUAUAUCUAAUGAUAAUACUACCACUACUUCGAGUGAUACCACGAAACAUGACAAUUCGAAGGAAACCUCAACAGACGCAACCUCACACAAAAAGGAUGAAGGUAAUAAUAAUACGACAUUAUCUGGACGUACCACAACACCAGACACGAAUCAUAAUAAUACUAAACGCGAGUAUUCCAAUAGUAAAAAUUUCCAAGAAAAAUUGUUUAGUGGGCAGAUGGUUAAUAGAGACGAAGAUUAUAUCUCCGAAGAAGCUCGCUCAGAUUCACUAUCAAUUGUUUCAAAAACUGAACAAGGUUUUCAAAGAUCUAGAUCUCCCAUAUCUGUAGAUAGUAAAAUAUUUCCUGAACCAAGAAAAUCUAGUGGAUAUUCGGAUUUAAAAAGAAAUUUGGAAGAUCAAGAUGAAGUUAAUAAUAUUAAAAAAUCUUCUUCGACACUAAGUCUCAAAUCAGAGAAAGAAAGGUUUGCCAAAAGAAGAAACUCUACUGAGAUUACACCUCAGGAUAUGUUAAGAUCUCUUCAAAUGUUGAGAGAUCAACAUGAAGAAACACAGGAAAAUGAUGGUCCAGCAUUAAUUAUUCAAGCUCCAAAUGAAAAUAAGAGUCAAAAAAAUAUUCCGAGAUCAAAAACAAUUAAUGCAAACGGUUUAAAGGCAGAAAUAGAUAGACUUAACCAGAACAGUACCCAUAAAAGAUCGGGCUCUGUUGACUCAAGACCCCCCAGUGUAACACCUCAGAUUAAUUUACACUCUCAAGAGAGGUUAGCAUCUGGGGCCAAUAAUAUUAAAAAGGAUGAAUUACAGAUAAGCGGUAUGAACCAAGAUGCUCGUCAAUCUUCUAUAUUAUCCUCAGAUGUUAAUGAUAGUAUUAAUAGUGGUAACGCAGCAGAUAUAAAUGAUGAUAACACAUCCGACGAAAGCAGCCACCCAAUGGAAAUGGGUGACUCAUUUGCUGUUUCAGACAACUCAGAAUCAGAUUUAAGUCCCCAAGAGACAGAAUCGGAAAUAGAAUCUGGAGACCUUUCCCAUAGAAGUGAUAUUUCACCGGGGUUAGAAAAUAGUAUCAAUUCAAUUUCUUCUCAAACUAUGAACAGGAGUCAGUUUCCAUUGGUAACGACCCAGUCAACGACAGAGGUGAUUGCACAUAAUCAUCAGGAUCUUGACGAAAAGGUGACAAUGCAUCCGAUGACAGGCGAUUUUGAAGAAAAACCAACAGUAACAUUUGGACCUGAGCCGGCUCAACAUAGGCAAACUAUCCAGUUUGACAUUCAACAACCACCAAGAAAGCAUUUGGUAAAAAUGGAAUCUACUCAGGAUGCUUCUACAUGGGCACCUAAACGGCCUCCGUAUAGAAGAGCCCCAUCCACAUCCAAGUACUUAUUAAAACAACUUCGUAAAGGGAAAAGAUUCAGAAAAAAUCUCAAAAGGAGAUUAUCAAGUGGAUCAUUCGAUAAGGAUGAGAAAGUGGAUACUCCGAGGAAAGGAGAUUCUCCAAACAAAGUUAAUAACCAUAGCCAAGGCUACCAAGUUGGAGAGGAUUCUUUUGCAGAUAACGAAACAGAUGAAGAAAAAGAACUCCACCCUUUACCGAAUAAUUCGAAAUCCAAUAUUCACAAUAUGUUAGCCCAUUCAUUAACAUUUGAUGUUAAUGAUGGCGCAAAACUAAAUGAAUUAGCACAAGAACCAGAUUUUCAAAAAAUGGUUUAUAAACAGUGGAAGAGAGAACAUAGGAACAAACAUCACCUCAGAAGCCCAAGAAAAAUGAGUGCAAGAUACAUCGCCCAGAGAAGGAAGAAUAACACAGACGGUCUAUCAGCUGUGCAAAAAUUUAGAAGUGAAAGUACAAGACCUACCUUGGAGAGACAAAUGACCCAAGAUGGUUCUGUAAAAUCUUUUAAUUCAGCAAGUUCUCUUCCUGAUCUAGCUUCUACUAUUCGUAAGGGUAACUCAUCCUCAGGAUUACCUCACUUGUUGUAUGAAUCUUCUAACAACAGCAAUAAACAUGCAAAUGAUCUAUUUCGCCCAAAUAGUAGGUAUACAACGGAUGGCACUUCACAUGAUGACGGCUAUGAUAACGACGCAGAUGAUGAUAACAACGAUGGUGAUGAUGAUGAUGAUGAUUACGAGGAUAGAAAUUACGAAGAUAACGAUAGUCAACAAAGUUAUUAUGGUUUCCAUCCAGACGAUAACUUGAGUCCAAAUUUCCUUGACCAAGUUCAUCCACUCUCGAAGACUAUGAGUUCCAAUUACCUUUCAUGGCAACCAACUGUAUCUCGUAACUCAAAUUUUACUGGUUUGACAAAUAUUCAAAAGAACGAAUUAGGUGGUGUCGAAUAUAGAGCGAUCAAACUUCUUUGCCGGAUAUUAAUUGUCUAUUAUGUUGGUUUUCACAUUAUGUGUUUUGUAAUGAUGCUUCCUUGGAUAUGUCGAGAUUCGAAAUAUGCGCAUAUUGUUAGAGAGGCUGGAGUUUCUCCUGCAUGGUGGGGUUUCUUUACCUCGAUGAGUGCUUUUAAUGACUUAGGGCUGACUCUUACACCGGAUUCUAUGACUUCAUUUAAUACGGCCGUUUAUCCAUUAGUUGUUAUGAUCUGGUUUAUUAUUAUCGGUAAUACUGGUUUCCCAAUUUUGUUAAGAGUUAUUAUUUGGAUAAUGUUCAAAGUAUCUCCAGAAUUGUCGCAUAUUCGUGAGAGUUCAGGAUUCCUAUUGGAUCAUCCGCGUCGGUGUUUUACUUUGUUGUUUCCAGAGUCCGCCACAUGGUGGUUAUUGUUAACUUUGGUUGUUUUAAAUUCAACUGAUUUUAUUCUAUUCAUUAUUCUAGAUUUAGGGUCAGCUGUCUUAAAACCAAUCUCUAAGGGUUAUAGAGUGCUAGAUGGGUUAUUUCAAGCUGUCAGUACUAGAACUGCUGGUUUUGGUGUUGUAGAUUUAAGUCAGUUAAAUGCAGCGACCCAAGUCUCUUAUAUGCUGAUGAUGUAUGUUUCUGUUUUACCGCUUGCUAUAUCUAUUAGAAGAACGAACGUUUAUGAAGAACAAUCGUUGGGUUUCUACGGAGAGGUUGAAUCAGAAUCCGAGGGUGAAGAGAGUGUAGAAGAGGAAGAGGAGGAAGAGGCAAGUGACGAAGAUGAUGAAGAUGAUGACGAUAUUUAUAACUCUGAUAUUGCACAACGUAGUGACCUUUCAAUGGAGGAUACUAUUGGAGGAAGUUCACAUAGUAAUAAAAGUAGCAAUUUUAGUAAUAGGUCAUCCCAAAACAAUAAAGCUAAAAAGAAGAAGAAGAAAACUAAAAGAAAGAGAAGAGGACAUGGUUCUGAUGAACCUGAAGGUGCUCACCUAUCUACAAAAUCAUUUAUUGGGCAACAUUUAAGAAAACAAUUAUCAUUUGAUUUGUGGUUUGUCUUUCUAGGUCUGUUUAUUAUCUGUAUCUGUGAGAAUGAUAAGAUCAAGGAUCAGACGAUGCCUAAUUUCAAUGUUUUUUCAAUUUUAUUUGAAGUUGUUAGUGCAUAUGGUACUGUCGGUUUAUCAUUAGGUUAUCCAACAACAAAUCAGUCAUUUUCAGCACGUUUCACAACAUUAUCAAAACUAGUUAUCAUUGGUAUGUUGAUUAGAGGUAGAAAUAGAGGUUUACCAUAUUCCUUAGAUCGUGCUAUUAUCUUACCUAGUGAAAGACUUGAGCAUAUUGAUCAUAUUGAAGAUUUGAAAUUAAAGAGACGUAAAGAUCAUUCAGAAAAUGUAGAUCCAUUAACAGGAUUAUUCAGGAAGUCUAUAAAAAGAUUUACCAAAAAAGUUGAAGAGACACCAAUUUACCGUACUUUUACACAAGAUAUUUAUCAUCAAGAUUCAGCAUAUCAAAACCAACAUAAUAAUAGUGAAAAUCUACCUCACCAACGUCAUCAUGAACAGUAUCAACAUUAUCAACCUCACAAUGAUGAUUACUUCACUGAAGAGGACGAGGAAUUCUAUAAUAAUAACGAUGAUAUUAGGGGUAAUGGUUACCAAUCGUCAGUGAGGACUAAUUCUUCACACACUGAGCAAAUAUAUGACACUCAAACAUUUGACACUGAGGAGUCCUUAAGAGAUCGUCAACAGAGAAUUAACGAUGUCUUGGUAUAG